AUGCUCUUGAAAGAUAAAACAACUAAGGAGGGUUUUGAUUUUGAUAAAAAAUAGUAAAAUUAAAUAAACCCCUCCACGAACAGCACAAACACAGAAAUACAAUUAACAUUUUUAUCGUGGAAUGUAAGCUCAUUAAAAUAAGAAUCUUUUAAAAUAAUUGAUCAAGCAAGUCCUUAUAUUAUAUGUUUAUAGGAAGUGAGAAAUACAAAAAUAAAUGACUCUAUUAAAUACAAAUACUAUCAUAAAUAAGUAGGAUAAAAACACUCUGGAGGCAUUAUAACAGGUAUUAAUAAAGAAUUUAACUCUCAAGAUAUUACAGAUUAUUACAUUAAUCAUCAUGAUUAUGACAUACUAAUCAUAAGAGCAACAAAUUAAUUGUUAGAUUUAAUUAUAAUCAAUGUGUACUUAAAUAAUAAUGUAACAUACAAUAGAUAUAAAGUUGCUCUUACUAAUAUCAUAUUAAAAAUACUCUCUGAAAUUAAAUAAAAUUAGCUUAUGAUUGUAUGUGGAGACUUUAAUUCUAAAAAAAAUCCUAUUUCAAUUCUUAAAUAAUUGAACGAAAAUACUAUGACUUUUAGACGAAAGAUUUUAGAUAAAAUACGUAUUUCUUAAACAGAUCACAUUCUAAUAAAUAAAUCAAUUCCUUUUUCUAUCCAAUCUAAAUGGACAAACUUAUCAGAUCAUGUCCUACUAAUUAUUUAACUCAUAAUAAGUUAAGAGAAUAAUUGCAGAAAAGAAAUUUUAGAAAUAAAUAAGAAAUUAGCAUAAUAAGAAUGCCAGAAAUUAUAUCAUCAGAAUGAUAAUUUUUCCUCUUUUUAUAAACAAUACCAAAAAUCUAUUAAUAAGCACCACAUAAUUAACAAAAGAAGAAUUAAACUUCGAAAACUCUAAUAUAAAUUGCAUGAAUAAGAACUUGUGGAUUAAUUUAAUAACACCUUUAAAGGAGAUAAAAGAGACUUUUUUAAGUUAAUCAAAAAAACUAUUCUAUUGAAUUUAAACAAGAGAGAAGGAGGAAUUUAUAAUUGUUAUCUUGAUGAUACGAAUAAUAUUAUUGUAGGAGAAGAUGUGUUUAAGAAUUGUUACAUUCAAUUAGAUAAUUUGUCAAAAUAAGUAAAAUAUUUUCCGUUGGCUAUUCCAUAGUUGAAUUAACUCUCUAAAGAUUAGGUUGAAAAACUACGAAUAAAGCUAGCUUCAGAUAAAGCUAUAUCUUAUGAUUGCAUAACUCAUUAAUUUAUAAAGAAUUGUAACUGGAAAAUUCUCUCAGAUUUAUGGAAAGAAGAUACAUUUUUAAUUAAUAAAUUAUUGGGUUGGGCUAGACUUGUACCUCUUAAUAAAGUUUAUCCAAAUAUCCCAAAUAAAACCCAAUUUAGACCUAUUGUUAUUUUAAGCCCAUUAUACAAAUUUAUCGAGAUGAGGUUUUAUGAUAAGCUAAUGAAUUAUUUGUAGGAAAAAAUAUUAAAAGAAUAGACAGGUUUUGUGAAAGGGUUUGGGACUUAAGUUAAUAUAUUAGCAAUAUGUGAUAUUUUUAAAAAAACUAAGGCAGCCCAAAAAUUAAUAAUGUUAUUUAUCGAUUUCUCGAGUGCAUAUAAUACUGUUAAUCGGGAAAAAUUAUAUUAACUACUUGAAAAUAAUAAUGUAUUGGAAUAGAAUGAAGUGAAAUUUCUGAAAGCAAUACACAGUAGAAUAAUAUACAUUAACCCAUAUAAUAAAAAAGAACAAUAUUAUUAUGAAAAUGGAGUUAUUCAAGGUUCUCCUAUAUCCCCGUAACUUUUUGACAUUUAUAUGGAUGGUUUUUUAAGACAAUUGAAAUCUGCAAUUAAAUUUUCUUACUAAUUUCUUGGUUAUGCAGAUGAUUUAGUCUUUAUUGUUAAACAAUCGAAAUUAUAAUAAUUCAUUUUUUAACUAAGAAUUUAAGCAAAAGAAUGGGCAUUUAUUUUGAAUGAAAAGAAAUCUGGAAUCUUACCUAUAAAAUGGAAAAUGGUAGAAGAUAGCUAUGAUAAUUUUCCGGUUGUCAAUAACUAUAAGUACUUAGGAAUAAAGAUAGACAAUAAAGGUUAAAUAAAAUAGCAUAUUGAUGAUAUUGAAAAAAUUGUUCAAUUUAAAAUGAGUAAACUGAAAUAUGUUUCUUUUAAGAUGGAUUUUCGUUAAAGACUUCUUUUAUUUUUAAUUUAUAUUCAACCAUACUUCAACUACUGUUAAAUAAUUGAAUAGUUUUAAAACAAAUCGAUCAGAAAACGAUUUCUAAUGUUGAGGAAGAGAGCUUUUAAAAAUUUAUUAAGAUUACCAUAAAAUACAAAUAAUUUCUUAAUGGAUAGUAUUUUAAGUGUCUAUAAUAUUAAAUAAUCAUCAAAUAUCAAUAAAACAAUAAGGAAGCUGUAAGAAAGGUUGAUAGAUGUAUCCUAAUAAACUUUGAUUCAUUUAUAUGAAAAAACCAAUUAAUUAUAGAGAGAUAUAUAAGAUAUAAGAAAAAUAUAUCUAAUUCCAAAAAAUCUCUAAUAUGUGUAUAAAUUGGCUUGGACAUUCUGCAAAUCUCAUAAUAAUUCAAGAUUAACAGCAAAACAUGUAAUACUUGAACAUUUGAAUUUCUAGAGCGAAGAAGAAUUUUACACAUCAAUCAGAGAAAAUUUAAAUGAGAAUAUCUAAAAUAAAAUAGAAUAAGAUCUAUAUAAACUAAUUGAUGAACAUAUCAAAAAAAAAAGGACUUUAAUACCGCUAUCUUAAAUAAUAUAAAUUUUAUUAAUAAACAAAUAUAUAAUAGUUAAUAAUUAAUUUAAGCCAUUAUUUUUUAAUUUUAUAAUUCAAUGA